UUCACGUUUGGAGAGGAUCUGUUUCUUUUAUUUAUAAUUGUGUAAUACUUUUCUAUUUAUAGCAUAAGCACUUCUCAGUCAGAAUGAGUUUGAUAAAGAUGAGAGAAACAUCGAUGGAAGAUACAUGUGUGCGAAAAUAGAACGCAUGUCUAGGAUUAAGCAAGAUUUUAAUUUUAUAACCUAAAAUUAAUUUGUGCGUCAUGAAGUGAUUUACAAAAGUUUAUUCAAUUAAUCUCAUGAAUGACAUUGACAUUGACAGUAAAAUGAUCGGUGGGAACACCAGUGGCAAUUCGCCACUACCAGCAGAAAAAUUUCCAGAAUGCUGGAAUCAAGAAGAAAGGAUGAGCGCGCUGUUCUCGCCGUUUCGCAGUAAAUCCGCAAACCCGCAAGACUGGAUUUCUAAAUACAAGUUCUGGAACAAUUUAAUAUACGAAUGGCUGAAACAUACCAUGCAAUGCAGUUUUUCUAUUAUUGAUUUGAACGAAGUCUUCAAAAGAAAAGGCUGCACGCCGCUAUGUUUAGUUACUGUAAUUGAGGAGCUUCUAAGAAAUAACGAGAUUAUUCAAGAGAUUGACUUUUUUAAAGAACCAUGUGAAACAUGGACAGCAUGGUCAAUCGACAUAUUUGUAAAGAAGCCAAUUAACUGGUCGUUUUCCAAGGUAAAGAAUUAUGUUGUCGGCCAGAAGACAAAUAGUAUAGAAAUUAAAUACGUACAUUUACAAAUUGUACGAGAAUUAGGUGAUAUUAUCCUCUCCAUUGCUGAAGUUAAAAAAGAUAAUAUGUUGUUCCCAAUAUCGGAGAUAGUAGAAUAUUGCAAGAGCAAUACAAAAAAGCAGAUUUCCGAGAAUGCAGUGAAAUUAACGUUAGAAUGGUUAAAACAAAGGAAAAAAGUGGUUUUUAAGAAGAGCUCCAAUCUAAAUAGUGAACUACUAGUUAAAAUCUGUGUGCAAACAGCAAAUGAAAUUACAGAGGUAGAAGAAGGCAUGUAUAAACUGACAAAACAGGAAAAUGAACUAAUCAAAGAUAUAGAACUUUUGGAGCAUGAAAAGCUCAAUAUUGUUAAUGAAGCGAAGUUGUAUUUGGGAAAAGAAUUGCGUCAGAUGGCAAAGGCGCAAUUAAGAAGAAAAAUGGAAUUAGAAAAGACCAUAGAAAAGCGUGCGCAAGCUCUUGCAAAUCUGCGCGUUCUCAUCAACAAUAUCAAGGAUGCACAUUCUAACUCUGCUGUAUUGUCUGCUUAUAAAACUGGGUCUGAUGUACUGAAGAAAAUCGGACAAAAUGGUUUAACAGAAUUUGGUGUCAGAGAUGUUAUGGAUGAUGUUAAUGAAGUUUUAGAAGAGAACAAAGAGAUAGAUUUAGUUUUAUCUGAGACACUAAACAAUGCAGACUCUGAUACCGAAUUGGAAAGGGAAUUGGCAGAAUUGUUAGAUGAGGAUAAUGUAGAUGUUUUCGCUGCAGUUCCUGAUUCAAAUCCAGAGAUUGAAAAAUUGAAGCAACGUUUGCAAGAUUUAUGCAUGGAAGGUUUAGUUUCACCAAGUAAAGAUGUAACUGCUUUGCCAUCUGUACCAUCCAAUAAAGAAAAGGCAUUGAAGAAACCUGAGUGUUUGUAAGUUGCAAUAAUCAAACUAUUAUAUGAUAUUAAUAUCUUC